UAAAUUUCUCUUCUACGAGGGUUCUGAGUGCGUUUUAGGUUGUGUGUGAGAGCUGUUGUUGUGAGGUCUUUCUUGAGUGUGGCGUAGGGGGAUUGUGGUCGAUGUUUGUUUGGUGAGCAGGGAUGAGCAAUGGGAACGUUUUCUUUUUGUGUUGAGAGUAAUGAGGCGGCGCCGUUUGCGACGUUGUUGAGAGUACUUUUGGUUCUCUUGUGAGGAGGAUUUCGGGAGUGAGAAAAGCAGGGUCGAAAGGUGAUGUAUCAUUUGCGAUUAAUGCUGCUCAUACGACAUUUUCUUGUGGGUGAUCGGGGUUUAGAGUCGCUGUAGCCGGCAUCAGUUAUGAUGAGACAUCAGCAGGCUGCUUGUCAUGAGAACGCGCUUUUCAAUGUUUCUAGAAAAGGCAGCGUGAGAAAUGGUCGAAAAGAAGAAUCUGCUGAUGACGAGAAACUAGGAGAUUGCUUGAAGCUAGGGAAUAGAAGAGUUUUGGUUAGGAUGCCAGGUAACAAGCUGAAAGUGACAAUCGCCUCUCAACAAGUCAAGUGUAGCAAUGGUUCAUCUCACAAAGUUUCCGAGGUCGCUCUAGUUCGUGUUGACGAACAGGACCGAACUGAAGAGGUAGUGGAACUGGUCCAGAAACGACCUGUUUCUGAUGGAGCAAGUCUGCCGCAGUGGGGUCAGAGGAAACGGUUGCGAUUCAGUAACAGAGUAGAUGGCAAGGCUGCCGCAGAGACUACUACGGCUGAUAUGAAGGUUGAAGCGAAGGCUGGGUCGAAGGCUGAUAUAAAAGCGGGUGCCAAGGCUAUUUCAAGAACAGCUAGGGGAGCUGUUAAGGCAGAGAAGAGUGUAGGGGUGCUUUCGGCUAGAAUCAGAGAGCCAGCUGUUGCGUCUAAAUCUUCAGCACCUAAAUUAGGUGCUGGGGACAGCAAGAAGGAUGCUGAGGGUGCUGGAGACACUUGUGUUGCACGGAACGUCAACAAUCAUGUUAUGGUUACCCUUGAAUGCGAAGCCAGUACUGUUCGAAUUGCGGAGGUGCACUCGGACCAAUCACUAGCGUAUCCCGACAAGGUUUGCAGUGUCCCUGCCGAUUCACUUACUGCUCAACCUGCCCUCAGUACGAAAACGGAAGAUAGUGUGCACGAAGAAAAGACAGCUUCACCUAGAAAAGUAGAUAUGAGUUCGUUCCAAUGGCCGAAGUUUGUAAUAUCUUUGUCACGAAAGGAAAAAGAGGAUGACUUCUUUGCGAUUAAGGGUUCCAAGAUCCCAGUUAGACCCAAAAAGAGGUCGAAGUUUGUGGAGAAGAGCCUAACUUUCAUUAGUCCUGGAGCCUGGCUUUGUGAUAUCACAAGGGAGCGCUACGAAGUAAAAGAAAAGAAACCUAUCAAGAAGAAACCAAGGGGUCUCAAGGCUAUGGGUAGUGCAGACAGUGAUUCCGAUUAGCUUCUAGAGCCAUUAGUCGUGGUUGUUUUUCUUUCUCUCGUUGAAAUGUGAAGCAAAAGUAUAGACUGUCCAUAGAUUCUUUCGAGCUCAUGUUAUUUGUCAAAACCUGAGAUUCCAGUCGUUACGAAUGAGGCUAGGACAUGGAAACUGUUUUAACAGUGUCCAUCUUUUAAAACUUUAUCGAGACAAAACCUAACGGUAGCAUGAAUUUUUGCUCCCAAUUCAGUCUUAGUUCGAUGCUAAUGUAGAUGUACAAUCCGCCAAAGUUCGAUGUACAAUUUCGAGUUAUGUUGAGAAAUACCAAGAUUGGAAAUGGAUGCCACUCUGCACACUUCAAUAUAGUGUAGUUAGUUUCUAUUUUGAAAAUGUCGCAUUACGAUGUCCGCAGAAAGAUUGUAUGAUUCAGAAGCAAAUCAUUUUACCUUUAAGGUAAAUUACCA